ACGCCGCUAUUUAUACGCCCGUAAUCAGACAGUCCGAUGCAGGCGCCACCGAGUCUGUCGGUGCGGCCCGCGUCCUUCAACCGCAUCAAGACGAUCCUCGACAUUCGAAAUGCCAAGAAAUCCAUUGCCGACCACAUGCUCGCUAUCGCGUCAACGGGCUCGGACGGGCUCAACGUCGCACCGAUGCGCCAGCUCUCGGCGCUCAAGCUCAAACAGUCCGUCAUGAGCGUCAUGCUCGCGAAAAUGGCCAAGACGUCGUCGCUCAACAAGAGUUCGCGGCCGCUAGAGCUCCCCGGGUCGAUCGUCGAGGAGGCGCCGGCCGUCCCCGAAGCCGAGACCGUUGUCGUCGCAUCUCUCGAGGUCGAGCCCCGGAGAGCGUCCAUCAAAGAAAAGCCGCCACCCCAUGCGCCAUUGUCGCCGGAAAUGAACCCGCUUAAUUUUGAGGACAUUGCGCGGCCUGUGCCCAAGAACCCGCCCGAGUUGCUGCACCAGCCAUCCCUCAUUACGCCUAAACUCAUUGAUGCUGCCGACCACGUCGACGAAAUCCGACAGGCUGUCAUUCGGCUUGUCGCCGAAGGAGAGGUCGUCACCGCCCUCGACCCCGGCGCCAGCGUGAGCUACGAUCACCAAGGCGACCUCAAGUUUUACACGGAUGACAACCUGCAAAAACGACUCGAGCUGCGGUACCACCCGCUCUUGUGCCGUAUGACGCGCGUCUUUUGGCUCACUAUGGUCAAGCCGGACGCGGACAAAAUGGAGUUUGACGACUACCAGCGCCUCUUUUUGCGGAUUCACAAAGUGCUCAUCGAGCUCUUUGACCUCGGCGAGUCGCGGAUCAUGAUUGCCGACGACUGGAAGCGGGACAUCGACACGCAUACCAACCUCGAAUACGAGAUGUUUCAUCUCUCGCUCUUUGAGCUCAUUGACAUUUGGUGCGACUCGCUGGACGCAGACGACUACUGCAACUUGCUCUACUUGAUCUUGAACGGCAUUACCCAUCGCCAAUCGGGCUCGUUUCGUCUGCGGCGCCUCGAAGAGGUCGCGUACAUUGACGUUGCAGAGGCGGGCAGCAACAUCUCUUCGCCGCUCAUUGCAAGCUUCCUCGAUGAAGUCGAGAAGGCCCAGCUACGAAAGUACCGCAACCAAACACGAGGCGACGGUAGCGGAGCCAAACCCUCCGAUGCAACCAGUGCCGCUAGCGGGACUGCAGACGGCGCGGCCCCCGAGAGUAGUCCGGAGCAAGCGACGAUGAUCGCCUCUGCGGCAGAGGCGACAACGAUGCUGCUGGACGACGACGAGGCGCUUGCAUCGCUGCGUCCGAGGCACCACGCGGCCAUGCUCGAUGACGACGCGCCGCUGGCCAAAACGUUGCACGCAAAGCUCAAGAUGGCGUCCACAAGCGCUCCGCCCCCGGAAGAAAAGACAGCCACUAUGUACCACCCAAGCCACCCGCCGAGCUUCGACUACGAUCCCCACAUGGACCUCGGCACGACGACACCGCGGCGCGUGACGAAGCGACCCUCACAAGCCACGGGGUCAAAAGGAGCUAGCUCGUCCAAUCGACUCGCGACGUCAUCGUCGAGCCAAAAACCUAACAGUUCGACGCAAGACCGCCGACCGACGGGGUCGCAUGCCGGCACCGAUGCGACCAUCGUUGAGGACGCCAAUGAAACGCGGCGGACAUUGCGCGCUUCGUCCAGGGUGCGCUCCCCCACGCUGCGAGCAAGCACGGGCAGCACUCGGCGAAGCCUCUACGGGACCUCCGACGCGGCUGCGCACCACGGGACCUUCCGCAAUGAAACGCAAUACGAGAGAAUUGAAGGUGGUAUUCCGACAGGUGACGCAGAGUACGGCUGCAACGCCAUGGACGGACAGACCUCUGGUACGGAUGACGUCGAGAGCCCACGCGACCUCGGCGGACGACCCACUACGAGUCCACGGCUCUCGCAGUCGAAUGGUAUCGGCUCUGGCACCUCGGACUUUGGCUCGGCGGCGUCGACACCCCGGGGAGGCGGAGGGCUUCGUGGGCGUCAGCCAUCCGCAUCGCAAUCCAGCACAGACGACAACUUUCUGCUGACGGCAACGGGGCAGCGCACGAGCUUCACGCGCGGCUUGGAUCCGGCUCAUUUUCGCCCCAAAGACGAGCUCACGACGUCGACAGCGGCGCUGGACGCCACGAACCCGUUUGCUGUCAAAAGCCUCGGGCUCGGCGCGCGCAUUCAAAACGCUCUCGCAAAGUCCCCGCGGUACAUUGGCGAACCCGCCGAGGACGCGUCGGCUCUCGACUGGGCUUCGCUCGGCAUUGGUGGCGCCCGAAUCCAGCCCGUCCACGGAAAAGUGAGUCGACUCAACGCCAAGGUGCAGGCGUCGCCGCGCAUGGCCGACUUUGUCGUCGUGUCGCAGUCCGUGCACCCACCUCGGAUCCAAACCGCCCCCGAGCACGGGCAGCGGCCGCAAGUCUCGGCAGACGCCACCAGUGUAAAAUGUGAGGAAGUGCUCCAGCCCGCGUCGACGAUGGUCGUUCGAGCCAACUCGGGGCGACAUGGGCAAUUACUGUCGCGUCACGUGGCCAAGAAAGCCAACGAGAUGGCGUCGAUGAUGGUGCACGAACUAGCGUCCAAGUCCAUUCGAGGCGCGCCGACGGCCAUCGCCAAGCCGACGCCGCCUGCAAUAAAAGCUCCGCCGUCGCCCCGCGGAAACAAGGAGCCGCCGACACUGUACAAAAUCGGUGUCAAGCGGCCGCUGCCAACGGCACCGCACACGCCGUUCAAUGGAGCGCUAGAGUCGCAUGCUGCGGGGCGCCAACGCGCGAGCCGACCGAGUAUGAUGCUCUCCAACGGAGCGCCGGCACCUUCGACGCGUAUGGAGGACGACAGCAGCAAGACAGAAAUGCUCUUCCGCGUGACGGCGCUUGGCAGUCCGACAGCCAAACCGGCAUUUGCGGUGGCCGCCGACUCGAAUCUACAAGUCCUCGUGCGACAGCCCACCAAAGGCAUGCACGAUGUCUUCAAGGUCACGGGCGUUGCGCAGUCAGGUAUCAAAGUAGUGGUGAAAACGACGCCCAAGAAGACGGGAUCCCCGAUCAAACCGCCGGUCCCCCACCCCCCAAUAGUCGCGCCGGCGCCCCCCCGCCUCGGCAUUGUAUCCAAAUCGGUGCCGCGUAGAUAGGAGCAGCAAAUCGUGUCACUCGUAACCAAGCUGGCUUCAAA